UUUUUUUGCAUUCUCCUCUAGUAUAAAUCUAGAGCGUUUUUAUCAAAAUUUUAAUGAUGGAGAUUGCAUUGGGAGCCACAUACUCAAGUUACGAAGAAUUUGAAUCUGCUUAUUAUAAGUUUAUAAAUAAAAACAAUUUGGAUUUCAAAGUACAUCAAAGUAAGUCACUAAAGAACUCAUCGUUGUCAUAUUCUGCGGAAGUUUUGGAGCUUAUGAAGCCAUUGCGAUACCAACAUAUCGUCUAUACAUGCUCUAUGCGUGGAUAUGAUAAACGGCCAGGAUUCUUACAGGCUUGUGGUGCUGUGGUUGAUCUACGAUUGGAUAAACACCUAAAAAAAUUGAAAGUGGUAAAAUUGUGCCUUGAACAUGACGAUUCCUGUUGCCAAGUACAGUAUUGGAAACGUCGUCAAAAUAAGUCUCUAAACGAUGAAAAACUUCAAAGUGAUGUCCAAAUUAUUGACAUACGAACAGAUAGAACCAGGACAACUCCUCGGAGGAAAACUUUUGGUUUCAAUCCAAAAUACACAGACGAUAUUUUACAUGAUAAUCAGAAAACUAUAAAGAGAAGUUCCUCUUCUGAUAAUGGUCCAAAUCAAAAGUUUCCAAAAAAUGAAAGCGCCAGCAAUGACUCAACUAAUCUGGAGGAAUAUAUAAUCGAAGAGGGAGACUGUAAUAUAUCUGAUUUUUCUGAAAACGAUGAAUUUCCUUCAUUAGUGUUCCGAUCAAGUCGACAAGUUCAAUCGGAUAUAAUUUCCACCCACACCAGACAAAAUAAUGAUUUUAUCCAACAUAGCUCGCAUCAGACUGAUAGUCCGGAGAUUACAAAAGUCAGAGGACAUACAAAUAACACAAUAGCGACAUCUAAUGGUUCUCAUUCACAAAAUUUUUCUCCGAUUGUUAAAUCUGAUGUAUCAGAUUCCGCUGAUUCAUUGUUUUUUUCCUCCUUAUGUGCUGAAGUUCAAAAACUCCCUUAUCGUGCUAAAAGUGUUUUAAAACUCAAACUUCUGCAAAUGGUGAAUGAAACAAUCUUAGAACAUGAAGAAUCUUGAAUUGGGUGGAGAUUGGAAGGAUUGAAUUUUCAUGUUCACCCUGGAGAAAGGAAAGGGUUAAGAUGGCUUAAUCCCAUGUUAAACCAUGGUUAAAGGAAUCAAGUCACUGAAUGGCAGCCUAUUAUGCAAAGAUUGAGAGGAAGCGUGGAGCACUAUUGUUGAUUAGCCAAUAAGACGGCUUAAUCAUACAGCGAAUCAUGAUGAAAGAACUCCAAUGCUCUGAACAGCACGCUCUGUUGCUUCACCGCAGUGCUGUAGAUCUAGAGGAAAUUUACAAUUGACCCUGGCUCUGGCUCAAAACAAAUUUUGGUUGGAAAUGUAAAAAAAGCAUUUUUCUGUAUUACUGCUUCUGUAUGAGCUUGAAAUGCAUUUUAUACCCUCAAUAUGCUCGUAAACCCAUGUUUUCCAGUCUGCAGGCCGACCCGCUAACUGUUACAGUCGAACUUGGCAAUUAUAAAUUUCAGAGCCUUCGUUUGUGAUGUCAUGUUGUAAAAUAUUUAGACUCCAGUUCCAUACUGAGAAAAUCAAAAGUUGAUAUCAAAACUGUGCCACAUGCAAGCCUUUUUUAAUGGACUGUUGGUAAAAGUAAUGCUUCUUGAGUUCUGUCGUAUUUUAGCAAUAUUGCAAAUCUGACUCCUGUGAAAAACAUUCAAAAAUCAGCCCCGCAUCCUAGGUUCACAGAUUACAAUUCCAUUAUGAAGUAUUACUGAACUCUUGCUGUGGAAGUUUGUUUACUGCAAUUGCUGUUCAGUUUUGACUAAAAAAUGCUAUUUCACCGUAAAUGAACUCAUUAAAAGCACUAGAGAAUUUCAACACGUUUCACACUGAUCAUAGUUCAAGUCAGUGAUUCCGAACCAGGGGCCCACAGAGCAGUUAAAAGGGGCCACAAUGCUAGGGGUGCAAAAUUGACUCUACAGGAAAACUAUCCGUUCUUCCUAGUUUUAUUGCUUGAUAAGGUUAUUCCACAUGUUGUUUUCACUUUGUUGAGAAUGAAUUGUUUGAACAAUAAUAUGAUUUGGAAUCUACCAAUCAAAAUAAAACACUAUAAAUACCACUGGAAUGAUAAACAGGGCUAUGAGUGCUAAAAGCUUCCAGAAGGGGCCACUGCUCCAAGUAAUAAGUUUUGAAUUUUCCUAAAUCAAUGUUUAAGGACACUUUUGUAUAGGUUAUCUAUCUUUUUCAAUCAGAGUUAGAAUGACCAGAAAAGCAAAAGUUUCAACUGCUAAUGAUAUUUCCACACUUUGUGUAUUAAACUGUCAUUUCUCCUUGAGCUGUUGUUUCUCUUUGUACACUUCAAAUAUUUCCAAAGUCUUGCGAAAAUCGUUUUACUUCCAACAUUAUAAAAGAGAGAAUAUUAUUUAAACACUAUUUAUCUCAACAUUCUGCAUUAUCACUGAUUAAGUUUUCAAUGUUUUGUAAUUUGUAUUUCAUUCAUAUGAAGAACCACAGCCUCUCGUCCGGUUACCAGUCUAUGUCGGGUAUGAGACUAGUUUGUUAGUUAUUUGUUUCAGAUUCUGUCAAUUUUUGAGGCGCACUUAGCAAAGAUUGGAAACCACUGCCUUAGUUAAAUAGACAAUUUUAGGAAAUUGUCAAGUGCCCCUGUUUACUUAUGACCGAGUCUUGUUACCCCCUUUUUGCUUCAAAUUUUAUCAUGAUAAUUUAUUUUAAUAUUAUUUUUAGUAUUUCAAUAUUUUAUUUGUAUCUCGGAACGCUCAUUGGUUAGGUUGCAGAAACACGGCAUUACAUAUAAAUGUUGCUGCUGCUUCAAAUUUGGAAUAACUGAGCAUUACUUGAGACUAACAUGCAACAAGUCAGAGAGUGCAAGAUGCACCCCAUGA